CUUGCCACGACAACCCACAACGAGGAUGGCGAUGGCUGAGCAGGCAGCUAUGGCUUCUGCCGGCAGGGGGAGACGACCGGGAAGAUGUAACAUGCGGGGCAGCUGUGGCAAGAGCUCCGUCUUCUCGCCAGAUCUGCCCUGUGCACUGGAAGAGGUCGACGCCGAGCAGCCCGACAACGAGCUGAGAAAGUCGGUGGUUGCAGUGUGUGGACCUACAUUCUCCUCUGGGCCCCUUUGCUGCACCGCCGACCAGGUGGAGUCGCUGCGUCAAAAUGUCGAUCAGGCCGAGGCGCUGGUGUCUGGGUGUCCAGCUUGUCGAAACAACUUUCGAAAUCUGUUUUGCUCCAUGACCUGUGGGGGCGACCAGUCACAGUAUCUCGAUGUCGUCGAGACGCAGAAGAGCUCCACGCCAGGUGCCGACGGCGACGUGGCUGUAAAGACAAUCAAUUACUGGGCGGGCGAGGAGUUCCGACAGGGUCUCUACGACAACUGCAAGAACGUGAAGUUUGGUCCCGGAAACGCCUUUGCGAUGGACCUGCUAGGAGGAGGGGCAAAGGAUGCAGAUGCGUUCCUCAAGUACAUGGGAGACGUCAAGCCUUUGGUUGGCAGCCCGUUCCAGAUCAACUUUCCCCACGCCAACACCUCGUCGAUUUCAAGAUCGAACAGUGAGCCUCUGCCGUUCAAUCCGACGCCCCGUCAGUGCGGCGACCCGGACCUGCUUUCCCGAUGCGCCUGCACGGACUGCCCAGAAGUCUGCGCGACAUUGCCCUACGUUGGCCCGCCCGUGCACCAUGAGACAUGCACCGUCUCUCUGCCCUUUGGAGGUGGAAGGUGGAUCAGCUGCUUCGGUCUCUUUGUCGCCGUCAUGUAUGCGCUUGGCCUUGUCAUUAUGUUGACAGGCUAUGGCAUCGGCCUGCGGCACAAUUUAGGACGGAGAAAGAGGGCGGCGAUCCGGCAUCGUAACAGCGGCAUCAGCGUGCGGAGCGAGGGAAGCGGCUACGAAAGAGUGAGGCUCAGCAGCGAGGAGCAAGACGAUCGCCAUUCAGGCAUGUCCGGAGCCAACACCGCCGAUGGAACGCAUCAGAGUCUGGUGGGGGCCAGGGCAAGGGACGAGUAUAGUGGCGACGACGUCGACGAUGAGUCGCUAGGGUCUCACGGCCAACGGCUGGCAGCACGUGGAAGCGCACUCCUAGCUGGGAUCGGCCUUGGAUCGUCCUCUACCUCGAGAGGGGCCCUAUCAACCACGCAGCCUCGAUCCUACAAGCUAAACGUCUGGUUGAGUUCCUUCUUUUACAGGUUGGGACUGCGCUGUGCGAGAUACCCCUACGUCACAUUCGGCCUAGCUGCACUCUUCGUCGCUCUCGCCAAUCUCGGUUGGCGCCGUUUCGAUGUCGAGACGGAUCCAGUGGAGCUCUGGGUCAGCCCUGGAUCAGAGGCAAGGCAUCGUAAGAUGUACUUUGACGAGCACUUUGGUCCCUUCUACCGAACACAGCAGAUCUUUGUAAUGGACAAGACGGCCGCCGCAUUGGCCAAGACGAUGAAGCCAACCGCAGGCGACGAAUGGCAGCAACGUCUCGUCGACGAAGCAAGCCCGGUGCUCAACUGGGAAAGACUUCAGUGGUGGGCCGACGUCGAGGCCGAAAUUCGCGCACUCAAGUCGCCCAAAGGCUUCACCCUGGACGACGUCUGCUUUGCUCCCGCCGGUCCAAAUGGACCCUGCGUCGUACAGAGCAUCAUGGGGUAUUUCGGUGACAGUCUCCAGGGUCUCAACGAGGGAAACUGGAAGGAUGCUCUGGACCGUUGCGCUUCGAGCCCGGCAGAGUGUCUGCCCGCUUUUGGUCAGCCCCUGAAACGCAACAUCAUUCUCGGAGGUGUACCCGAGACAAUCGUGUCUGGUGACGCCGGCGACACCUCUGCGGAAGGCAAAGCCAGCGACGCACGCUCGCUUGUUACAACGUGGGUUGUCACCAACAGCCUCAACGAGACAGAGGUGGCUCGAGCACAAGACUGGGAGAUUGCACUGGAAAAGUUGCUCUUUUCCAUUGCGGGCAUCGAUGAGGAAGAAGGAGGGGAACAUCCGCUCGGGAUCAGACGGAGAGAACUGGGUCUAGAGAUGUGGCUAAGCACCGAGAGCAGCUUGCAGCAGGAACUCGCCAGGGCCGGCAGCACCGACGUCGUCAUCGUCGUUCUGUCUUACGUCUUCAUGUUCCUCUACGCUUCCCUCACCUUGGGAGGGGGCAGCUCCAGCUCAUCUGCAAGCUCGCGAAGCAAUGGCCUCUCCACCUCACGUCGGCCAUCGGGUAAUCACCAUCGAUCCGGUCUCGCUGGUCGAAUACUCUCAUUUCUCCCCUCUCGAUCUCAGGGUUCCAUGGGUGCGCACCCACACUCGUGGUCUCGUCGACUAUUUGUCAAUUCCAAGUUCGCGCUGGGUCUCUUUGGCAUCGUCGUCGUCAUCGCUGCAGUUUCGUCUGCUGUUGGCCUCUUUUCUGCCGUCGGUGUCAAGGUGACGCUCGUCAUUGUCGAGGUCCUUCCCUUCCUCCUCCUUGCCGUCGGUGUGGACAACGUCUUCUUGCUUGCAAACGAGAUGGACCGGCAGAAUGCUCUGGCGAGCACGGCCAAUCCGUAUGCAACCAGCACAAGCUACUCGAGGAGCACUUCGGCACUGGCCGCGGCUGGAUUUGCUGCUACCGACGAUAGCCGCACCGACGAAGAGAGCAUCGAGGAUGGUCACGAAGCCGGUACCCGAAGAGCAAGCAUCGCAUUCGGCCAGGCUUACCACGUCGACGCCACAGAACGAGCGGCAAGGACACUGUCCAAAGUAGGGCCGAGCAUCCUGCUCAGUGCCUCUGUCCAAGUGGCAGCCUUUCUCCUUGGAGCCACUAUUCCCAUGCCAGCUGUCCGCCAUUUCGCCCUUUACGCAGCGGCAAGCAUGGCAUUCGUCGCGGCUCUCCAGUGCACCGUCUUUGUCGCUGCCAUGGCCCUCGAUGCCGAUCGUACGGAAGCGGAGAGGAUCGACUGCUUGCCUUGCCUGAAGAUACCGGGUCGCUCCCGAUCCGGCACGUCUGGCGAUGGCACUACAGGGGGAUCAUCGAUCGACUACGCCAAUGUCGGUCCCGGCACGCUCCAGGGCCUCGCCAGCGAAGGCUUCCUAGGACGUUUCGUACGAAGACACUAUGCUCCCUGGCUCAUCAAGCCCUCGGUGAAGAAGUUGGUUCUCGUCGUCUUUGCGGCGCUUUUCGCUGUGAGCUUGGUCUCAGUUCGGCAUGUCGAGAUGGGCUUGGACCAAAGGCUGGCCCUGCCUGAAGGCUCGUACUUGCGCGACUACUUUGACGGCAUCGACGCUUAUCUCGACGUGGGGCCCCCUGUUUACUUCGUCGUCCGUGGAGCCGACCCUGCGACGAGAGAGGCUCAACAGUCGAUCUGCGGCCGUUUCACAACGUGCGAGCCGCUCUCGCUUGCCAACACGCUCGAGGGAGAGAGGAGGCGACCAGAGGUCAGCUUCCUCGCCGAGCCGGCCAGCUCCUGGCUCGAUGACAUGCUCCAGUGGCUCAAUCCUGCCCUGGAAAUGUGCUGCCGGGUGAGGAAAUCUGACCCUAGAAAGUUCUGCGGACCGUCCGACGGCGAGCCAGAUUGUCAGCCUUGCUUCGAAGGCCGCGAUCCAGGCUGGAACAUCACGUUGCAAGGCAUGCCAGAAGGACAAGAAUUCAUGAGGUACCUCGAGCAGUGGCUCAAGAGCCCGACCGACCAAGACUGCCCGCUCGGCGGUCAGGCGGCCUACUCUGCUGCCCUUAGCAUACAGGAUGAGAAGGUUAUCAGCUCGCAUUUCAGGACCUUCCACACGCCAUUGCGAUCUCAGGCUGACUUCAUCGAUGCGCUCGCUUCGACGGAGCGAAUGUCAAAGGACAUCAUCGCUGCUGCUUCCUCGUCCGAGAACGGCAAGAUUGACGUCUUUGCUUACUCUGUCUUUUCGCCUUUCUUCGACCAGUACCUGUACCUCGACCGCUUGGCCUUGCAACUCCUCGGGGGCUCGUUGGUCGCCAUUAUUGCCGUCACGACGCUGCUCCUCGGCUCGCUCUGGACGGCCCUCAUCGUGGCUGCCUGUGUCUCGAAUGCAGUCCUGUGCGUGGCCGCCAGCAUGGCCUAUCUCGGCAUCGGCCUCAACGCGCUGACGCUCGUCAAUUUGGCUGUCUGCUCGGCCAUCUGCGUCGAGUUCUGCGCCCACGUCGCCAGGGCCUUUAUGCGCGCCUCCUCCUCGGCGAGUGGCGGCGGCGGAGCGGCAGGCUUCUCCACCCUCCACAAUCCCUCGUCUUCCGUAUCGUGGGCUCAAAAGGAGCGCGAUGAGCGAGCCUGGGCGGCGCUGGUGGAUGUGGGACCGUCGGUAAUUAGUGGCAUCACUGGAACCAAGCUCGUUGGCAUCUCUGUCCUCUUUUGGGCACACUCGGACAUCCUCAAACUCUACUACGCCUCCUUGUGGUUCGUCCUCAUCAUCACUGGUGCUCUGCACGGCUUGGUCCUGCUGCCUGUCGCGCUGAGCCUGUUUGGCGGCCAGGGCUACGCCAGCGGCGAUGACGAGGCAGAGGUCUCGAGGAGACUGAGGAGGGCGCAGGAUAGCGCAGAAUUCAGGCCGUUUGGUGCCGAUGCCGAAGAAGACGACAGCGAAGAAGAGUACUACUGAUCAUCUCUGUACUGCUUCUUACUGUCCUCCUUACCGUUUCUUCCCUUCCCCUUCACAUUGUCAAUGCGACCGGUAUGCACACAUGGAUCAGAACAGGGCAGCUGUUCUCUCUCUCUCUCAGUGACUGUAAAGGUUUCUUUUGAUUUCACCCCUCUUUGUCGUCUGCUACUGUUGCUGACGACUGA